AACGUUUCACCAAAAAAAAAGCUCUCGGAAAGGCUGGAUGGUCAGUAUUACAUGCUCAAGCCAUGGCCGUGCCCUCCAUCUACCACCUGACUGAGAAGGGGGGGCUGAAGUCCGUGGCUGCCCCAGGAGAAAGGACACCAGGAAGGCCACCGGGGACCUAAGGAACAUGCGAGUGAAGCAGAUGGGAAAGGAGCUGCAGGUUCAUCGUUGUCCUUGAGGGAAAACCUGAGGGCCUAGCAGGGCUCCCGCAAGUUGAAGCGAGCCACUGUGCAGGGUGAACCUGCACCCAGGGCUACCCAAGAAGCCACCAGUCAGGAGCAGGUGCAGAGUCUCUGGAAGGAACUCCAGGAUACAGUGUGGCCUCCACAGCAUCAGGCAGCCAGGGAGAUGCAAACAUGUCUGCUAUGGAUGCUGACAAUGAGACCCCCCUCUUCCCUGCCAGGGUCUCUUAGUUUGGUGGCAGCAGUGGGAUCCAAAGGAGACAUCUGAUGGCUUAGGGGAUGAGAAACACAGGCAUUGGUACCUGCAAAACCUUUGAGUUCUCCAUCUUUGUCACUGAUUCUGAGAGCCGUGGAGUCAGCUCCAGAGUUUCAGCCAGCAGCAGAAGCAGAGCUGUGGGCAGUGGUGGAGGUAGAGCUGGCUCCAGCUCCGUUGACACCACACCCUCUAGCACUGGAGCCAGUGUCCCCUCUACCAGCAGUGUUGGAGGUGGAGCAAGGGCCAACAUGGGCUCCUGCAGGAGUGGGAGCUGCUGAGUUGGAGUCACCUGGACCAUCAUUUCUAGUGGGAAGUCCAUCUCCACCUGUGGCUAAGAAGUGUGAGAAGAAGCCCAACCUACGGCCUUCCCUCCUAAGCUGGUGGUGGAGCAGUUGAUCGUGAUGGAUGCAAGCGUAGAGGUGGACACUAACAGGACCUGCUGCACAGAGUGGCUGUGCCGGCUCCUUGAAGAGAAGGAAGGGAGCUCUUCCGGAAGGUGGUGCCCUCUCAGUGCCUGGGCUCCACCUGGGGCAAGAGGAACAAGCCCAGCAAUGAGCACCUGGCACACACCGUCCGGGCCACCAUCGACCACUUCAGAAGGGUGGCCAGCCUCAUCGUCACCACCUGCCUCGGGGACCCGAGCAUGAUGGCCCAGGACAGGGAGUGCAAGAUCCUGAAGAACUUCUCCUCGCCCUGCACUGUCAUCUCUGUUCUGCAGAAAACAUCCAUAUGCCACCUGAAGAACACAUGGGGGAAGUUUCCUGGAGGGGCCUUCCACGUUUGCCCCCCGGAAAUCAACCCCCAGAGGGUGCAGGAGAAGGAGCAGCAGCAGCAGCAGCCCCCAGGCCCCAAUACCGAGCCCCAUACCAGUGGCCGAUCACAGCCUCAUCCUCAGUAGCCGGUACACAGCUGGGAAGCUUGCGAUGCACCGGGUCAGCUCCUCCCACCUGAC